AUGUUUGUUUCAUAGGUAGAGAUGAAGAGAAAUUACUGGAGAGGCAAAGAAAAGCAUGGAUGGAAUAAUCACAAGCACAGCUACCGUCCCCGUCGGUACAGAAGACCAAAUCGCAGUAACUGUACUGAAAGGCAAGUGCUGGAACAGGAGGAACCACAGACCCCAGUGAAUGCAGGCCCCAGCAGCAGUGAAGAUCCUUCUUCAUCCAGUUUAACACAGAACUCUGUGGUACCAGAACUGCCAGGAUUUUACUAUGACUCAGAAAAGAACCGCUAUUUUCGCCUGCUGCCUGGACAUAAUAACUACAACCCACUCACCAAGGAGAGCAUUGAGUACAAGGCAAUGGAAUGCAAAAGACUGAGGCUCUUAGAAGAGGAAGAAAAACAAAAGAAGAAAACAGCAAGGGCUGGACUGAACUCAUCUGUGCUGCUACAGAAAAGGCAGCUGGGUUUGCUCAGCUCCAGAAGUUAUUGCAGGAUGGUACAUGAGCUAAAAGUGAACUGCAUGCAGAGGAAGAAGAUUGAAAUUCACAGUCCAGAUUCCUCAGCUGCUGGAACCAACAAUUUUAAAACAAUUGUGGCAGAUGUUGCUUGUGAACGGAUAUUCACUGUGAGUGAUGUAGAGCAUGGAGGAUGCAAAUACGGGAUCAUCAACCUCCGUGGUCUGGGGAAGGAGUCCCUCACUGUGGAGAUGUAUGACAACCUCUACUUCACAAACCGCAAAGUGAAUUCUGUGUGCUGGGCGUCACUGACUCAUCCAGAUUCUCAUGUUUUGCUGUGUCUCAUGGGAAUUGCAGAAACACCAGGCUGUGCCAGUCUGCUUCCAGCAUCAUUGUUCAGCAGCACUAACCCAGGAGAUCGACCUGGAAUGCUGUGCAGCUUCAAGAUAUCCACUGCCUGGUCCUGUGCCUGGUGCCUGAAUCCCCAGGCAGACAACUGCUUCAGCACAGGCCUGACACGACGAGUUCUUGUGACCAACGUAGUGACAGGCCAUCGACAGACGUUUAACAUCGUCAGUGAUGUAUUGGCACAACAGUUUGCCACCCAGACCCCGAUGCUAUACAACGGCUGCCGUUCAGGUGAGAUUUUUGGCCUUGACGUGCGCCAGCGUAACCAUAAGGGCCAGAGCUGGAAAGCAAUUCGUCUGUUCCACGACUCAGCAGUUACAUCUCUUCGCCUUCUUGAGGCCGAACGCUACCUGAUGGCAGCAGAUAUGGCUGGACAGAUAAAACUGUGGGACCUGAGAACAGCCAAGUGUGUGAAACAGUACAGAGGUCAUCACAAUGAGAGCACUGUUCUCCCGGUGCAUGUAAAUGAGGAGGAAGGACUUCUUACAGCAGUUGGUCAGGAUUGCUACACCAGAAUUUGGAGUCUCCAAGAUGCCCAGCUACUUAGAACCAUCCCUUCUCCCCACCCAACCUCCAAAGAUGCCAUUCCCAGUGUGGUGUUUUCUUCAAGACUUGGAGGUAGCCGAGGGGUUCCUGGCUUACUCAUGGCUGUCAAACAGGAUCUCUACCACUUCUCCUAUAACUGACCCAAUGUUCUCCUUAGACCUGGUCUACAAAGCUGCCAACCUGUACAUGACUCCAGAGUUUUUGCACCAGUCAGCCUGCUGUUGAGUCACUGUGUGCUGCUGUUGCAUCUGCUUGACCCAUGAAAUUCUGAACUUGAGCAGAUUUAGCAAAUCUUGCUGCACACAGACAUCUUCUAAAUAAAAGCUGAAUGCUGAUUAACUUGUUAGGCAGUAUUCAGCCUCUUUGAAAUCUACCUGCAAGCUUUGGAAAGCUGGUAACUUUGAGUAAGGGCCUGCUCAGUUUAGCUGAAUUUGUCUGAAGUCUGCUCUAACUUGAUCCUAGUUUGGUGAUACAACCAUUUAGCUGUGGUUCCAUCUGUAUACAUAAGCAAGCAGACUGGUGCAACAGGGGAUUAGCAGAGA